AUCCAACAUGUCUGAACUCAUCCCAGCCAAAGAAUACCUCGGGAAAUUGAAAGAAGCCACCGAAUUCGUCAAGGCCAAGGUUGCCAAUGAACCACGCUUGUCCUCUCCACGAGUCAUGAUCAUUUGUGGAUCGGGACUUGGCGGAAUCGCCGAUAUUCUUCAUAGCCCCCAACCCAAGAUUGAAAUCCCGUACGCCGACAUCCCUGGAUUCAGAACUUCCACCGUCCCUGGCCAUUCAGGAAAGUUGAUCUUUGGAUUAAUGGGGAGUAACAAGGUUCCUGUUAUGUGCAUGGUCGGAAGAUUGCAUUUCUACGAAGGGUACAGUUUCCAAGACACAACAUUCCCAGUGCGUUUAGCCAAAAAGUUAGACAUCGAAACCGUGGUGGUCACCAAUGCCGCCGGCGGAGUCAAUGCCCAGUUCAAGCCAGGAGACUUGAUGGUGAUUAACGAUCACAUCAACAUGCCUGGUUUAGCUGGCCAUCAUGUUCUUCGUGGUGAAAAUUUAGAAGAGUUUGGCCCAAGAUUCCAACCACUUUCUGAUGCUUAUGAUUACGCAUUAAGAAAGUUGUUCUUUACCAAAGCCAGAAACGAGUUGAAGAUCACGAGAAAUAUAUACGAAGGUACUUACUUUUUUGCCGCUGGUCCCACGUUUGAAACCCGUGCCGAGGUAAGAAUGAUCCGGAUGUUGGGUGGUGAUUCUGUGGGUAUGUCUACAGUUCCCGAAGUGAUUGUUGCUCGUCAUUGUGGAAUGAAAGUGUUGGCAUUGUCUUUGAUUACCAAUGCCUGUGUGGGCGACUCGCCACCUAGUGCAUUUGACGAAAACCCCGUGCCCAUGGAUUCAGGCAUGGCUAGUCAUGCUGAAGUGUUGGAAACUGCCGACGAGGCAUCCAAGGACGUGCAAAAGAUCAUAGAAGCUACAGUUAACGCAUUGUAAAAGUACAUUUUUUGUUUGAAACUCUAAUAGAUAUACACACAUACACACACACACAUAAACACUAUUGAUCAACUUCUCCGGCAGACUCCCACUUGCCUUGUAAAUUCUCCUUCCAUAAACUCACCUUGUUGUCACCGCCAGACACGGCCAAGAUGUUUCCUGAUAACGACCAGGAACACCUCCAGCACACAUCGGGGAACUUCUCCUCGGUCAACAAUUGCUUUUGCCAAUGGCCGUCUCUAUCCUGGGUCCAAAUCAAUACAGUACGGUCCUGAGAUGCAGUGGCGAUAUAAGAUCUCACCAAGAUGGAAGGCGACCAAUCGACAUCUCUGACCCAAUCGGUAUGUCCUUCCAAUCUUGCUUCUUCGACAUAGGUGUUAUGUACUGAGUCAUAUUUCCAAAUCUUGGCCAAGUUGUCUGACCCACAAGUGACGAACCUGCGAUGUUGUUUCAAGGUCUGGGGGUCUUUGGAGCUGACGUUGGAAAUUGGGGCCCAGCUGGCGGAAUUGACCCCGAUGUUGUGCGCAUUGAAUAUCACAUGGGAGGUGGUUCCGUCCUCGUUGAAAUCAACCACGGACACUUUGCCGUCGGAGGAGGUACAUAACAACACGGCACCUAGUUCAUGUGGUGCCCAGGACACGGAGUUGACACUGGCUUGGUGGACGGUGUGUUCGGCAAUGAUGGACCAAGUUUGGGUCUCUGGUGUCUCUUUCCAAAUGAAUGCCUUACCAUCGUAUGAGCACGAUGCGAGGAUGGAUCCGAACUUAGGAUGGGCCCAUGACACUUGCCAUACGGGUCCUUCGUGCCCCGUCAAGGUGGUUGACAAUUUAUAGUUUUCCGUGCCUUCAAUUUCAAAGAUCUUGAUCUUUUUAUCGGAGGAACAGGUGGCUAAUCUCUUUCCGUAGUAAUCUAACACGGCGUCAUGAAUCAAAUCGUCAUGAGCAUUUGCUACUGUCACCAUUGUAUUGUUGUUGUUGUUGCUGUUGCUGUUGUAUAUGGCACU